UUGAACUGUGGAUCGUGUGAUCUGUAAUAACUGCAUAAUUAUUACAAUACCGCAACGGAAUAGGAAGCCUGAUCCUGUCCUGACCGUGUUCAGUCUCCAUUUAGGGUGAAGUCUUCCCACCGAACAGUCAUGAAUUUGUUUGUGUUUUUGGUGGCUUCUCUAGCCGGCCUGUCAUGUUUGUUGUAUGCACUAUGCAGACUGAACUCGUCUGUACAAUUCUACACUAAAUACACAAUGUUUUUAUGUUGGCACUUGUUUCUCGGUGUUUUGGUGACUGGAGUAAGUUUGUUGACAUUUACAUUUGGUGACACCGCCAACAUGUGGUGGUGGAAUUUCUUUUCGUGUUUUCUGGAUGCCAAACUUUUACUCGGUGUUGAUAUCGAGAUGCUAAAUACAAUGGAUAAGCUUGGGGUGAACGAACCUUGUGUGAUCAUCUGCAACCACCAGACAUCUCUGGAUCAACUACCAUUCUUAAGAUGUUGGGCUCCAGGACGUUACUCAAUCUUAGCUAAGAACUCCCUCAAGUACACGCUUUCUUAUGGCUUGGGAUGUAUUGCAAGCGGCGUUAUCUUUGUGGACAGAAAGGAUGCCGCUCAGGCCAGGGAGGCUAGUAAGAGAUGCGUCAAAUUCCUCACAGAGGAGAAAGGUAAACUUUGGGUGUAUCCAGAGGGAACUCGUUCUCACCAGCCUGAAACCGACAUGCUGCCAUUCAAGAAAGGAGCAUUUCACAUGGCAGUCCAGGCUCAGGUUCCUAUUGUUGCAGUAGUCUUUUCAAGAUACAGACAUAUGUACAGCUCGGCAGAGAAGAAAUUUGACAAAGUGAAAAUCAAAGUUGACAUCCUGCCGAGUGUUUCAACAAAAGGCUUGACGGCAGAAGACGUCCCCGAGCUGACAGAGAGAGUGAGGGACAUGAUGCUCAAGAGAUUCAGAGAAAUAUCCCCACCAUUCAGCAACAAUAAUCACAAAGUAAAGUCGUCGUAGUUUGCCCUCACAAACUCUUUUCAUACUUCUGCUACAUCCGUCUCAUUCUUUGUAUCCUUAUUAAAUACUUCAUGUCUUGUUCUUCAAAUGGGACCAGACUAUUGAAUUGUAGCUUUGGUUUGUUGCAUAGUUUUACCAUUUAACAACAAUAAUCACAAAGUAAAGUUGACGUAGUUUGCCGCAACAAACUCUUUUCAUACUGCUGCUAUAUCUGUCUCAUUCCUAACGAACACAAUUACUGUUUAAGCGUUAUGGCAAGUGAUGCAGAUAAUUUGACUUGGCAAUUAAUUGAAUUGAAAUAGCAACAAUCAAACAUCUGGAUAUUGUUUGAUUCAGUAUGAAAACUGACUCAUAAAAAAUGUGACAGACCAAUUCAAAAUCAAACCAAAUGGUCCUGCUGGCUAGUUGAAAAAAGGUUACGGGCAAACCCUGCUGUAUGACUUUGGAAAGAACUGGUAGCUUAAUAAUUGCAUGUGACAGAACCCAGAACACUUUAGUGGACGAGUAGUAGAGGUUGACCAUGGUGUUUCUAGUUCACUUGGUAAGCAACCUUAAAGUUUUCCUUAGGCUUGUAAUCUACAGUGAUUUAGUUCACUUAUGAGGCAUCCUUGUUUCAUUACCAGAAAUAUACCAGGUUCUGCAGAUGUUUGUUUUAGUAAAACCCCAAAUAAAUUGUUGAUAUUUCGUUGAUUUAGAGAAUUUUAGAAAUUACUUGUUCUCGAAAACUACAUUACUUCAGAGGGAGCUGUUUCUCGCAAUGUUUUAUGCUAUCAACUCCUCCCCAUU